AAAUCUCACUGGGCUAACACAUUGAAAUAUUCCCAUUUUCUUCUCAGCCAUUCCUACGCCUUAUUUUUGUAGGCAGAGGUCUACAUACAAUUUUGCAUUCUGCUUUUUUUUUUUUGGCUGCACCACUCCGCAUGUGGGAUCUUAGUUCCUCAACGAGGGAUGGAACCCACGCCCCCUGCAUUGGAAGCCGAGUCUUAACCACCGGACAGCUAGGGAAGUCCCUCUGCUUUUUCACACAAUGUUAUAUCGUGAGCGUUUUUCAUGUUGUAACCUAGUCUUCCUUUUUUCAUGGCAUAAUAUUUCUGUCAGUAGCCAUCUUAUCACUUCUUGAACAAUUCCGGUCCCUGAACAUUUAUUUUUCUUCCACCUUGUUCUGGCAUCAUAGCUUACACUUCAUACAUGUCUUUAGAGAUUCGUUACCUUAUCAUUGCUUCUCAGGCGCGCAGCAUCGUCCAGUCUGUGGGCCCAACUAUCUCCAUUGCUGUUAGGAGUGUCAUCGGGCCACAGGAAAACACCAAUGAAGGUCUUGCCUGUUCUCUUUAAUUUUUGUUACUUUUCCGGUUGCCUCCUCGUCCCAAUCUGCCUUGCUCCAAUUUUAGGGAGGUUGACCCUUUAUCCACUGAUCUCCAGGUGAAAAGGCUCCCAUUUUGGGAGCGCGUGACUCGGGAGUCGGGAAGCAGCGCCCGUCUUGCCGGGUUUGCGCCCGGCCACGCCCCACUGGCCCAGCUCUGCCCCGCCCCGCCCGCGGGACUACACUUCCCAGGCAACCCUGCGCGGCGAGCGCGGCCGCAGCUUCCAGGCGCCGGUUGGGACGCGGGGGCCGAGGCGCAGGCGGGACGCAAUGGCUGCGUGGGGCGAGCGGCUGGCCGGCGUGCGCGGGGUGCUGCUCGACAUCUCAGGCGUGCUGUACGACGGCGGUGAGGGCGGCGGUGCGCCGAUUGUAGGCUCUGUGGAGGCGCUGGCGAGACUGAAGCGGUCCCAGCUGAAGGUGAGGUUCUGCACCAACGAGUCGCAGAAGUCCCGGGGAGACCUGGUGGGGAUGCUUCGGCGUCUGGGCUUUGACAUCUCAGAGGGCGAGGUGACCGCCCCGGCCCCCGCCACCUGCCUGAUCCUGAAGGAGCGAGCCCUGCGGCCACACCUGCUCAUCCACGACGGAGUCCGCUCGGAAUUUGAUCAGAUCGACACGUCCAACCCAAACUGUGUCGUAAUUGCAGAUGCAGGAGAAGGCUUUUCUUAUCAAAACAUGAAUAAAGCUUUCCAGGUGCUUAUGGAGCUGGAGAAUCCUGUGCUCUUCUCACUGGGAAAAGGACGCUACUACAAGGAGACCUCUGGCCUGAUGCUGGACGUUGGUCCCUACAUGAAGGCGCUUGAGUAUGCCUGUGGUAUCGAAGCUGAGGUGGUGGGGAAACCUUCCCCUGAGUUUUUCAAGUCUGCUCUGCGGGAGAUGAGGGUGGAAGCCCACCAGGCCAUCAUGAUCGGGGACGACAUCGUGGGUGACAUCAGCGGUGCCCAGCGGUGUGGGAUGAGAGCGCUGCAGGUGCGGACCGGGAAGUUCAGGAGCAUCUUACGCACCAGGGUUUGGGGCACCUCCUGCAGAAGGCCCUCCUGCUCUAGGCAGCCCGCCGCCAUCACGGAGCUGGCGAGGGUGAGUCCCUCCGCCUCUUGAUGGAAAGAGUCAGCUACUGGAAAGGCCCAGUGACGAGCACCACCCGGAAAUAAAGGCUGAUGGGUAUGUGGACAACCUGGCGGAGGCUGUGGACCUGCUGCUGCAGCACGCGGACAAGUGACAGGCUUUCUGGGAGGGCCCCCAGCCUCCUGCCGCCCUCUCCUGUGCCCACACCAUCCGAGGCACUGCCCCCUGGCCUGGACGGGCAAGCGAGAGGGUGCCAGCCAAGCAGUUCUGGGCUGCCCUGCGCCUGAGCCACCAGCCCCUCCUCCGUCUCCUUCUGCCGACCCCCCUUCCCUCCUCCUCUCCGGGCACACCUCCCAGCCUCCUGGGUGAAGUUUGAUCCCCACCUGCUGGCCCAGCCCCUCCCUGUGCUUCCCUAGUGGAAGUCAAGAGGUGGGGCACAGCUGUCGAAUCCCCAAACCCAUUCUCUCUCCAGUCGGCCAGACCUUUCAAUGCGCUACCGAAUCGGACUCUGGCGUUUGCCCCCUGCCUCUUUUCAAACAGCCCUUGAGUUUUAGGGAGGCGCCUGGAGAAAGCGGGGACUCCCAAGCAGAGUCCUUGCGGCCAGAGCCGAGCCAGCCUCCCCGGGACUGCCCAGCGGCCCCUGCCCUCACCUGGUGUCAGAGGGACCGCUCAGCACUCCCCACGAACCCCCCAAACAAUGCAGCCCGCCAUUUCUAUCCCAAGUCACCUCUGGAACCCAAAUGGAGCGGCUCCCAGGGGCACUUUAAAGACUGCCGUCCUUCGAGCAAGAAUUGUAAGCUCUGGAAUCCAGGUGGCAGGUGGAGGGUACCUUCUGGAGCCUGAACUCGAUAGACUUGAAUGUGUCACACCCAGGAAACUAACGGUUAAAUCAACUCUCUGCCCUGA